AUGCGGCGCGGCGGCGCUCUGCUCUCCCUCGUCUCAGGCAGGCAGGCAGGAGACCACCACCACCGGCACCGUCAAGAGGACCGCCGCCACCCUCGGCGGUGCCGUCGACCCCGCGCCGCCAGUCAAACGCCGGCGUCCCCGCUGCUGCCGUCGUCCGUGAAAGCCGCUGCCUCCUCGCGGUUGGCGACAUCGUCUCCGUCUCCCUCCGCUUCCGCUGGGAAAACAACAGCAGCCCCGAGGGCGACGGCGCGGCCGCUCUGGGGCACGUCGUCGUCGUCGUCCGUGAAAGCCCCCUGGCUAGCGCGGUCUCCCACCCGCUUCGCUGGAAAAAGCGCCCCGCGGCUGGCCAGCGCCAUCCGCACGCCGGGGGCGACGUCGUCGUCAUCGUCCGUGAAAGCUGCCUCGUCGGCGUGUCGCUCCGCCGGGAAAACUGCCACGCCGCCGGUCAGGGGUAGUCGUCGUCCCUCCAAGAUCCAGGAAGCAAAGUCGAGGAGACUAAGGGACGGCAGGAAUUCAUCAGAAAUCAGAAAGAAGGAACUUACUGAAGGAAGAGACGCAGCAGCAACUGUUGCAGCUAGGGUACUGCAAGAGGCAUCAAUCUUCGAUUCACUUCUCAGGAAUGAAAGCGAAUUCUCUGAAAUCUGCAAUUCGGCAAAGGUCUCCGAUCCACUCCCAAUAGUUGAUGCUUUCCUCAGUGUCUACGAAGAUACUAUCCAGUGGAAUAACAUCACCGAGUCUGUGGCAUCUGUGGAGAUAUCAUCAGCUAAGUACUGGGUCGGUGGUGUUCCUCAUCUUGUCCACGAGCUGAGCUUGCCAAAUGCACCAAAGACAAAGAGCACGGCGAAGGAGAGGACAGCUGAGCUUGCCAAGAACUUGUGUGGGCAGAUGCAAACAUGGUUCCUGGAUUUUGUGGAGGAGGCACUGGAUGUAGAGAACAAGUGGAAGCACAGCAGCGACACAUCGACGCUUCUCUCACAGUUCGAGAAGAUCAGCGACUGGUUGGAGCAGAUACAUAUCAGAUCAUGGAGGAGAAGGAGGAGGAGUGGACCAAGGAGAUGAUCAAGCGCUUGAAGCACAGGAUCAGUCACAACUUAAGACGAUUAAAAGAGUGGGGUCCUGUGCCUCCGAGAACUCAGUCUCGUCGGUCUCAUCAGUGAGAUCACCAUAGACUGUUUUGCAGUUGCAGUAGAUUGCAUAGAUGAUCGAUGUGCUAGUUUGUUUUUUGUUCGUCUCUAGAAUUCAAGAAACCUUGCAUGUUCGUCAAUAGGCAAGUAGGCAGUGCAUGGAACUCCUGCUGUAGCAGUGUACUCCACCAUGGAAACUGUGCUCAUAUAUUGCUGU